GAGCUUUUGCAGUUUGUCGUCUCCCCCUAUGUUGUUUUAUGCAAAAAGAGUGCGUCUGGAUAGGACGCACUGUGGGCCUUAUGCAAAUCGCCUGUCUAUCAGCUUGUGUGGGAUCGUGAAAAAGGUGAAUACUUCUCCCCGAACCCACUUGUGCCAAAUGUUGAAGUUUCUCCGUAACCUCCUGCGUGCAUCUUGCUCCUUCUUUCAUUCAUGACCGACUCAGGAUUGUAGAAGAAAUAAAGGGAAACACAUCCAGAAUCUCCUUUUUAAGAUAUUAAGAUGAGCACAGAGGCUGUCGAGCAGAGGGAUCCUCAGCAUGAACACACAGAUAUCGAACAAAAUGGCAUUGACUUCACAAGACAGAUAAAGACAGAGGACCUGAACGAUUCCCCUCACUCUGCCUCGUCGCAUAAGACAUGUCAUCUCACACAGGGUUCACCAGCUCCCACAGGGCAGCUGCCUGGGGAGUUGCCAUCCCUACACCCACUUCCCCAGCUGGUCCUCAUGUCUGGCUCACACCUUUCCUCAUCUUCGCCUUUUCUCCUCUCCCAGGCUCAGACCGGACACCAAGCACUACUGCAGCCGAAUCUCCUGUCCUUGCCCUCUCAGUCCCAGCCUAGUCUCCUGCAGCACCAGCCUGGACUGGCCCUCACGCCUCAGGCAAUGGGUCGAACAGGCUUGGCUGGGUCUUCCAUGGAUGCACACUUGGACAUGCCCCACUUACAAGUACCUAAGCACGUGGGUGCUUCUCAGCAGGACGAGCCAAGUGACCUGGAGGAGCUGGAGCAGUUUGCCAAGUCCUUCAAACAAAGACGCAUCAAGCUGGGCUUCACACAGGGAGAUGUGGGUUUGGCUAUGGGGAAGCUCUAUGGAAAUGAUUUCAGUCAAACAACAAUUUCCCGCUUUGAGGCUCUCAAUCUCAGCUUCAAGAACAUGUGCAAGCUCAAACCAUUGCUGGAGAAGUGGCUCAGUGACGCAGAAAACUCACCCACAGAAUCAAUGGCUAAUCCUGCCACUUUACCACCUCUUAUGGAAGGAUAUGGGAGGAAGAGAAAAAAGAGAACGAGUAUUGAGACCAACAUCAAGCUCACAUUGGAGAAACGCUUCCUAGAUAAUCCCAAACCGAACUCAGAGGAGAUCACACUGAUCUCGGAGCAGCUGUCGAUGGAAAAGGAAGUGGUACGGGUGUGGUUCUGCAACCGACGACAGAAAGAGAAGAGGAUUUAUUGCCCAGUUGCCACCUCGCCUAUAAAAUCACACAACUACAAUGCCAGACUGCCUGCAUCUAGCAGACCAUUCAGUCCUCUUGCUUCAGGAGGCGUGUCGAGCAGCUCGUCUCCCAACAGCCCGAGCCGCGGCUCUUCUCCCAACACUCUGUCUUCGUCCUCCAGUCCUCUGACAUCACAGGGGGUCAAUCAGUCCUUCAAUCCCACAGGAUCCUGGUAUCGUUGGAACAGUACUGCGUAUCACCACUAAGAAUCACCUAGAACCCCCCCAUCACCUCCCCCCCAACACACACACACACACACACACACACACACACACACACACACACA